GCACAUCAUCAUGGGCUGCACAGAGUUCAAGGCUUCCCAUCUUUGACUUUUCUUUUCCGUCUUUGUUUUAAAUGUAUUGAACUGUUGAGCCACAUUUAAAUUUCGGCUCCUACCUUUCUGUCCCUGUUUAAUACCAGCGGUCCCUCAGCAGAGCAAGCAGAGCUCAUUUACUCAUCUCAACCAGGAGACGAUUGCUCUUUCAUUUUCAACCACUGGGCAAGCCCCUGAGAUGUCCCGCCCGCAAUUUUCUACUUCCACCUGCGAUAAAGUUCACUGAACUGAGCACACAUGCAGAAAAAGAGAACUUUGCUGAGAAAAAGAUUAACAAAUCAAUACAGACGGUUGCAACAGUAAGAGGUGUCACUUAAGAUCAAGAACUGCAAGAUAUUCUUGUGUUGGGAACUUCCUGCUUUGCCUCACCCUCGUGACACAAUCACCUCUCUGAAGUCAUACCAUGUGGCUUGGCAAGCAAGUAUUUGGUCUAAAAACAAGACGAGCUGUUGAGUUUGUGGGAUGAACGUGCAAAGAAAAAAAAAGAGGAAAACGCAACCAUGAUGACGAGCUACCAGGUGGUGUAUGUUGGCCUGGAGCUGGUGAUCGCUCUCCUGGCUAUGGCUGGGAACGUCUUGGUCUGUUGGUCCGUCUGUCUCAACUCCAACCUGCAGAGUAUCACCAACUUCUUUGUGGUGUCACUGGCAGUGGCUGACAUUGCUGUGGGGCUUCUGGCAAUUCCUUUUGCCAUCACCAUUAGCGUGGGUUUUUGUGCUGACUUCUACGGCUGCCUGUUCAUCGCUUGCUUUGUCCUGGUGCUCACUCAAAGUUCCAUCUUCAGUUUGCUGGCCAUUGCUGUGGACCGCUAUAUCGCAAUCAAGAACCCUCUCAGGUACAGCGGUCUGGUGACUGCGCAGAGAGCAAAGGGCAUCAUCGCACUGUGCUGGGCUCUUUCAGUUGGCAUCGGCCUGACACCAAUGUUUGGUUGGAACACAGGCCAGAACUCCACAUUUGAUCCCAGUGAACGUGACGACUGUCCUAAAGGAAUGACUCAAUGCCUUUUUGAGGAAGUGGUCCCCCUGGACUACAUGGUCUUUUUCAAUUUCUUUGGCUGCGUGCUGAUACCGCUGUUGGUCAUGCUGGUCAUCUAUGCCAAUAUUUUCAUGGCAGCACGGCACCAGCUGCGAACUAUGAGUCUAAAAGUUUCACACACACCUGGUCCUAGACAGAGAGCUCUAUCAUCAAGCUCAUCUCGCUCGAUUCUGCAGAGGGAAGUGCGGGCUGCAAAAUCUCUGGCCAUCAUUGUAGGUUUGUUUGCUUUCUGUUGGCUACCUCUGCACAUCAUCAACUGCUUCAACCAUCUGUGUGAAAACUGUGAGCGUCCACACAUCUGGGUAAUAAACAUUGCUAUUAUCCUCUCCCAUGCUAACUCUGCUGUGAAUCCCCUCAUCUAUGCUUACCGCAUUCGGGAGUUCAGACAGACUUUUCGGAAGAUUGUGUACCAGAACAUCCUGAGACGGAGAGAUGGGCACGGGAUCGGGGUUGGGGGUGCUGAUAGCAGAGAUGCUGGGAGCCAAAGUAUUAGACGAACCUCCCAUAUCAGUAAAGAGGGUUCAUCAUGUGGCACAGUGGUAAACAGUUAUGUCCUGGACCUCAGUCUGGGCCAUACUAGACCAGAGGAAAUGGGUGAACGUUCUUGCCACUGGACAUCAAAUGCUGCACCAAGGAGCCACGUGCCUAAUGGACACCUAGUAGAAAGUGACACCUUGUCAGCUGUGCAGGAGCCUCCGUGCACGUUAUUUUCAACAGAAAAUGCAGUUAAAUCUGCCACAUAUAUGGGAGGAGCAGUGGACGUUGUGGAGAUGGAAGACAUGGGAAGCUGCAUUGAUUUUGUAAAUGUUCAAGCUCUUUCACUGAAGCAAACUGACUGCUCUACAAAUAUUACAGAAGUCUCAUGACAAAAUGUAAAUGUCCUUAAAUACACUGUACUUUUCAGUACCAUAGCACAAACAAUAUUGUGCAAGCCUGACAACGUGAAGAAAGUUUGAUUACAUUUUAACAAUUCAAGACAUUCAGGAAAUCAGACGUAUAAACAGUUUCGGAUUAUAUUUUUGCUUGCUUUAUUGCUGUUAAUUUCCAUGAACAAUAUCUGAAAUGAAAGUGAUGCACAAGUAUACAACCUAUUUGUACAAACCAGGUGAAUGUUUGAUAUGAACUGCUUUUUUUCUUGACAUGAUGGCCAUUGCUAUUUAUGGGAUUGUGUUCUUUAUUUAAGAUUAAUGUUCUUUUCUAGGGUGUAGUAAAAAAAAAGAAGCACUUUAAUGCAGAGAAAUUAAUAAAUGAAUGUACAGUUCCAACAUAAGGUUUCCAGUCACCCCCCAACCCCCAUUAUUUUCUUUUUUUUCUUUCUCAGUGUAAAUACAGUUUUCUACAGUAACAAAGCAUUUUUUUAUUUAAUUUUUUUUUUACUAUUUUGUUAAUUUAUCAGAGGACAAAGGACUGAAUUAUUCAAAUUGCAUAAAUGUUUCUAAAAAGUUUCUAUGUUAUAACACUUAAGCUGUAGAUAAUAUUCAAGCUGUCAGUGAGCCAUGCAACAGUGCCACAAUCUGAGCCCACCAACUGUCAUUGGAGAUGCCUAGGAAAGUACCACAUCUGUUUUAUAUAAAGUCUGACCACUGAUGGUGUAUGUCAGAGUGAAAAAAAAGAAUUGUCUGCACAUAAGUGAUGUAGGAUAAUGCAAAGGCACAGAUCUAAUAAAUGCAUCCAUAAUUUUGCUACAAAACAAGUUUGGAAGUGGACCGACUGGAAGACCUGGACCCGUCUGCCCAGCUGUGUAAUCUGGAUUCAAGGGAUUUGGACAAACAGGUAACCAACAAGCCUAUGGUCAUAAUGAAAUAGAUCAAGUUUUCUGCAGACAAGAGCAUUUUAGAAAAGAACCAAUGGCCUACUCUGCCAUGUAUUAAUGACUCAGACAAGGUAAACAAAAAUGUGGCUAUGAUUAAAAUAGAAUUCAUGCAUUUGGCCAAAGUUCCUUGGUAUGGGUGAAGGAAAUCAAGUAACAAGUGUCACCUCAUUAAUAUUAAAGUGAAAAUAGAUUAAUACAUCUCAAUAAAUGUAGAAGUCAAAAGAAACAAUAUGUAAAAUAAUUCAAAAUAAUCAUAAUAAAUCUGGGGUUACGGUGAAAGAAUAAAUGUAAAAUAAACAAAAUGUGAACAUUUAUUACAUAUGAUGGACUAGUAGCCUGUCGAGUGUAACCUGCCGUUUGCCAAGCCACAGCUCGGAAAGGCAGCAAAACUCAGAGGACUGAAUAAAACUGAAAAAGGUAUCAAAAGUUGAUUAAUGUUUUACUUACCUCACUCUUUUCUACAUCCCUCCUCCUGUCCUUGAAAUGGGAAAACUAAAAGGAACCAAAAAAAAACAAAGUCAAGAGUUAAAGUUAUGUUUAUGAAGUAUUUCAUUAAUUCCUCUUCAUAAUGCUUCAUUCAUGUAGAAUCUAUUGAGAAAUUCACUUGUCACAGCAGGAAAUUCUGAGCAAUUUUGACGAAAGUUUAUAUUUGAACAAGAAAGUGACCAGACGCAUACUACUUUGAUACGUGCCAUAUUAACUCAAAAAUCUGUUUUAUUUUGUUCUGAGAAUUAUAUGUAAAUGAAUGCGGAAAAAAAAUAAUUAAAAAAUUUGAAAUAUCAAAUGUGGAAAAGUUGAAAGAGUCUAAAAUUUCCAUGUGCAUUGUAAUGUAAUUCAUCUUGCAAUGUAUUUUAAUUAU